CUGAUGGAUCAAUUCAAGGUUUUUUCAGAAGCAGCUCCUUUUUAAGGUGAUCUUAUGUUACUUUUUUAACAAGCAGCUCCAAAACUAGCUGAAAAGGACCUUCCAUCACUGAGACUGGUGUUCAGCAGCCAUGGACAGACAGACAAUUUAGCAAAGAUCUUUUCCAGCAUUGCAUUUUUUUCUUUAUGCCUACAGUUUGGUCAAAAAAUUGCCAUCAAGUAAUUACAUACAUAGAGAUAGCAAGUUGAAAAAUCAUGAUUUGCUGAGAAGUUUUCAGUGGUAAACUAUCUUGCUGGAUAGAUAAGGGAUGGCAACAAAAUCUGUUGUGGCAAUGGACACUUACAAGCUGAUGUAACAAAGACAGUUUAAGGCCACGUAAAAUUAAGAAAAUGAAUAAGUGUACUACGCUGAAAAAUAUGUUACUUGCUAUAUACAAUGAAUAAAUCUGAAGUAUUACAAGCACAACUCUCAGUUUGAAGUUAAGAAGUGUUCACUCACUUUGAAAGUAACGUAGAAAUAUUUUCUGGUGUGUGCUGUACACUUAGCAUGUUUGCUAAAUGCAAUAGUAAAACCUCUUCUAAACAGGAAGUCCUAAAUCUCGUGACUCAGAGCGUUCUGCAACUCCAGAUAUUUCCUAAGUUCCUCUUCCUUCGAGCAGAAUACUUUCCAGAAAGAUACAAGAAAUGGCAUCUGUCAACAAAUUCCAAAAAGUGCUAGUGCUGGCACUUGACUGGAUUCUGUACAGUGUUGGUGCUACAGAUAACUGCCAUGUCACUGUAACACAGCCCGGGUUUCAGGAAGCUGAACACUCUGAGCACACUGCGCUCCUAAUGUGUGCUUUCUCUGCCCAUGGAUGCUCCCCAUCUCAGCCUCAAGUUCUGUGGUUUCGCGUUUUUACUAACAGACACGAGGAUCUGUGCACUCCUGAAUGCACGAAUCGCCAGAAGUUCCAAGUUUCUGCAUCAUCAGAAAAUAACUAUUGGCUUCAAAUCAACCACCUGACUGUAAACGACAGUGCUAUUUAUUUCUGUGGGAUAGCAUUUGCAGAUUCAGGCUCACCCCAUUCUAAGCAAACAGGAGAUGGAACAGUGCUGACAAAAAGAGAGAGGCACAAGACUGAAGAAUUCAACUCCAUGAUCAUCAUCUCAACAUUACUGCUUCUAUACAGCAUUACUGUAUUCACAAUCCUUGCAGUCCACAAGUUAAAACGAAAGCUGCUAAAUAGAAGUGGGAAUGAAGGGCAGAGAACAGAGAACUGUAAAAUCAGAAGUGGCCGAAUAAUUUUUCGAGCAAUAGCCCAAGAACUUCAAAAGAAGCGGUUUGCUGAGCACUGCCACCAGCCUGAUCAUAUGGAGGAUGACACUGUUUAUCAGAACAGAUGAGUGUGUGCUGCGUUUCCAAUCUGUUGGAUGUGUUUGAUGCAACCGAAGGGGCUGAUGAAGAAGUGAAGCUUUUUCACAGACUUACUUUCCUUUAAAACGCAAGGAGAAAACUGUACAGAGCAGUGUUCUUUGAGAGUGUUUGCUAAACACAUCAUCAAAACCAACAUUAUGUCUUCUACACAUUACUUCCCAUUCCACAAGAACAACAACAGUGGGAGAAGGCUUCAUCUUUUAGAAGAGAACUGCUAAUGCUUCAUAAAAACUUCCCCUUUCAAUUUAGAUUUAAUUCUACACAUUUUUACAUGAAUUUCAAUGCAUUUCUUAUAUGUGAAUUGUGCAUUUGUGUAAGAUGUACAUUAAUCAACAGCAACAAAAUAAACUCAUUGUGCAGUGACGUUCAGUUUUCAGUCAUAUUAGUGUGGUAGUUACAAUGGAUAUACAGAUGAAAAACUACUGAGUCUUACAGCAGCUUUAACAGCAAAGCAGAUGUAUUCUGUAGAUAGGCAAGCAGGAAAAAAACCCACAACAGAUAACAUGAAUGCACAUACUAUCAUGCUAAAGCUCAUUUGGGAUGGGAACUUCCCCCUAGCCUACCUAGGAAAGGAAGAUGGCAGUCACUGUGAAAAGGCUGCUCUAGCAACUUUAACAUUCAAUCACCAGCAAGACAGCUCCUUUCCUCCAACCCUACCAUCCAAAGGCAGGAUUAUCUGGAGUGCCAACCUUUGCUCACAGCAGAUGCUGGCAUGAACACAGAAAUGCACAGAAGUUACUAACCAGCUAAUGUACAAAAUCUGCACUUUGAGAAGUGACCUGCUGAUGCCAGGCAUACUUACUGCUCAGGAACAACUACAUCUAUCAUCAUUUAAAUGAAGCAGGGACUGAAGUACUACUUCUCAUUUCAGCGACAUGAGAACUGACAGAUCAGACAAAGCAAGGCCCCACCUAGCACAGUACUGUGUUUCCAGAUCUACUUAAUACCAAAUGCUUCAGGAAAAUGAAAAAUGCACCUUCCUCUUCUUAUCCCUAUCAAGCAAUGAAAUAAAAAUUAAUGUGUUCAACAAGAACAUUUCACAAUCCCAGGCUGAUAGUGUUGAUUUUUUUCUGAACUUUGGUGGUGACUUCAACAUUUUUAUUUUGGAGAAACUUAAACCAUUCUAGUCUAUUAUUUAGAACUGACUUUAUACAAAUGCAAUGUCUGUAUUAGGAAAUACAAAGCAUUUCAUAGUCACCCAAUGGGAUACCUACCAAAAUUACCAAGUUAGACUAGUCACACAAGCAUGUUUGUUAUGAUACCAUAUAAUUCAUAUAGCUUACUUGACAAAUUCAUACAUGAGCAGGAAGUGCAUUACUUGUUCUACAUGUUGAAAAUAAAACUUUUGCGAAGAGCUUAAUUUAUGAUUUAGCAACUUCAGACUCUAGGUGUCACUGUAAUUCCAGAAACAGCACAGACAAAAAUGUUACCUCCCACUCUACCUGGCUUUGUUCUCUUUGAGCAGGCUUCGCAUUGACAGUUUCUGCAACUGCUGUCAAACUAUGCUAAGUGUAGUAACCCAGAUAUGUUUCAUAUCUCCAACUCUAAAAACUGAUCCUUACCUGACUCAUCCCUGCUCCAUUUGUUUCCCACUUUAAAAUUCAGAAAUCUCCCCAAGCAGGUCCAAACUUUUAAAUUAGCUGAUACAAGGAGCAAUCCAAGAUCCAUACAAUUUUUUUUCUUAUCAUAAAGCCUAGGUACACAUGUGACAUUUAAGGUAUCAUCUUAUAGAACAAUUGAAUGAAAAUCUGAAAUCUACAAUCUUUUGUAUGUGAUGAACACAGAAUGGCUCCUUACUGUUUCUUUAGGCUAUAGCUGAAUAGAUCUUAAGUUGGAAAGCUUCAGUGGAAUGCCAAUAACUUGAGCAUUUAGUAAUUUGCAUUGUCCAGAAUGUUUAUAUAGGCCCAUAUCCACAACAGAGGUAAACAAAGUAAAGACGUUUUGAAGUUUCAGUAGAUAUUUACCAACUGGAACACUGGAAAUGGUAAUGGCAUAGUAAUCUGUAACGUGUUUUGUGGCUGGCUGUGAUCUGCAACAUCAUCACUGCACUAGCUGAAACUUAUGACUAAUCAUUUACAAGUUGUCAGAAUAAACCAAAGUUUGACUUCAGUUUA